AUGUCCUGGAUUCCACUUUGGCUCCUGCUACUUGCCCAGUGCGCAGGUGGUGGCCCUCAGCCGGCCUUGCACCAGCUGCCAACCGCGUCUUCGGCCCUGGGGACCACGGUCCGUCUUGCCUGCACCCUGAGCCGCGACCACAGCGUGGGACUACACAGCAUCUUCUGGUAUCAGCAGAGGCCGGGCCACCCGCCCAGGUUCCUGCUGCGGUACUUCUCGCACUCCAACCAGCUCCACGGCCCCGGGAUCCCUCCUCGCUUCUCCGGAUCCAAGGACAUGGCCCGGAACAGCGGCUACCUGAUCAUCUCGGAGCUGCGGCCGGAGGAUGAGGCUGUGUAUUAUUGCGCCAUGGGCAGCCUGGCGGAGGAGAUAGAGAGGAAGAGAGGGGAGGAAGAGGAGCCUGCGGCCUCAGGGUCCCAGGUGCCCAAGGACAGCGCACCUUGA